AUGUUGAAUGCAAGCUCCAACAUUAUGUUGAAUUCAAGUCAACCUUCUGUUGCUACAAUUUCAACGUAUGAUUCCAACUUCAAAUUUGAAUCCCAAACUUACAGCACUUUUAAAGUUCCACAAAUUCACCAUCAGAAUCAACAAAAAUUACUAGUGAAAAGCAAAGAAUCAGUGAUACAAACGAAAGAAAAUAAAACAACUACUUCUUCUAUUGAUAACGAUUAUGAACAGAUAUCGAUUACAAAUAAUAAAGAGCGAUAA